UCCUGCGGACAGUCUUGGCCCACUUUGUAAGGAAAAAUUAACGACGAAAAUGACUUGCAUGAAAUUUGUAGAUAUGACGAAGUCAGAAGGCUAACAGGUAUUGUUUAGCGUCCAAUUCUGGUGAUGUCGCGAUGAGUACUUUUAUGAUUGUGAAUCAUUAUAUGCCACGCCCAUUGUUUGGUGCUUAAAUUCACCCGUUGGGUACAUACAAGAUAAAGGAGCUGACCACCUCCUUCUUGACGUAAGAAAAGAAGUUUGUAGAGUGGAAAACCAAGAUGGCGGUAGCUGGUAUGUUCCUGAAGCUGUCCGUGUGUGUGUCUGUCCUGUGCGCGUGCGGCGCGCUGACGGUGGGCCCAGCUGACCGCCCCGUCGCGCUGGUCGUCAUCGACGUGCAGAACUGCUUCGUGCCGGGCGGGGAGAACCCGGUCCCGGGCGGGGCGGACGUUAUCCCCGUCAUCAACGGGCUGAGGGAGCGGUACGGGGACGGGCUGGACCUGGUGGUCAUGUCGCAGGACUGGCACUGCGCUGAUCACGUCUCAUUCACCUCGCAACAUCCAGGUUACUCUAACUUUGAGGUGAUGGAGUUGGAUUACGACUCGCAAGGCGCGCUGUGUACCGGACCUUCUCCGUACGCCGUGAACUGUACCGGCAGCGUCGCGCACAGGCUGAACCAGACGCUCUGGCCGGACCACUGCGUCAUCAACACAACAGGCGCGGAGUUCCACCCCCAACUGACUACAGAACCCACUGACCUGGUGGUACAGAAAGGUUACCGCUGCGAGGUGUGUGCUGAGUUCCACCCCCAGCUGACUACAGAACCCAGCGACCUGGUGGUACAGAAGGGUUACCGCUGCGAGGUGGACUCCUACUCGGCCUUCUUCGAUAACGGCGGGUUCCGGCAGACGGAGCUGGACUCGCUACUGCGGCAGCGGCAGGUGCGGAGCCUGAUCAUCACGGGGCUAGCGCUGGACUUCUGCGUGUUCUACACGGCGCUGGACGGGCGGCGGCUCGGGUACGACACGUACGUGGUGCGGGACGCGGCCAGGGGCAUCACUCCGGCGGGCGUGGAGCGAGCCAUGGCCGAGAUGGAGGCCGCGGGCGUCUCGGUGAUCCGGGCCGAGGACGUGGGCAGGGUGCUGGGGGUGUCCGGGUCUGCAGGGCUGGCGGGUCCCGCUGCGGUUACUGUGUUAGCCUGUCUUACUGCAGUACUGACUUCGUACUGAUAUCUUACUGUAGUACUGACUUCGUACUGAUAUCUUACUGUAGUACUGACUUCGUACUGAUAUCUUACUGUAGUACUGACUGUCAUAUUGAUAUUAUCAGGACUGCCAGAAAAGUGACAAUGUCAUUACUGCAAUAAGAGUAGGUAACACAAGACUCUAGACGUAGAUAUAUGUGGAGAGGGAGACCUCAAGCCAACCGUUCACACUUACGCCACAUCUUCAGAAAAGACGCUGGAGCCGUUUAGGAAUUUUAUUCGAACCGACACACAACAAACAUGUUUCAAGUCGAUCCAUUGAGAGAGUUUAGUAUAUAUAUGUGGAGAAGGAGACCUCGGCCAACCGUUCACACUUACGCCACAUCUUCAGAAAAGACGCUGGAGCCGCAUGUUCCCCGUCACACAACAAACAUGUUUCAAGACUCUAGACGUGUUCAUAUUCAUCCAGUGUUUUGCUACAUUAAUGACCAUACAAAUUCGUUAUUGUACCAAAACAAUUGGCCAAGUAUGUAUGGGUCUUGUGUGGUAGCUUUUUGAAGUCCGAUGUGUUCCAUGUAGACCUGUUGUGUUGCAUUCUCUUA